ACACACAUACAUUCGACGGUAGGCAAGCGUGGGAAGUGGACGUGCUAACGUUGUGCGGAGCUGAGAACAUCACCAACUUCUUACGUGAUUGUUUGUAGAUUAACACGGGACACAGUGUCCGUACUAAACUUGAGAUCAACAUGUCUGGCGUACUGUCAACGCUGCCCAAGGAUUACGGGUAUGUCAUUCUAGUGGGCUCGGCCAGCUACGUCAUGGUGUACUACCUGGCUGUGAACGUCAGUAGGGCGAGGAGAAAAUACGGUGUGGAGUAUCCUGCCAUGUACAGCGAUUCGCAUCAGCUUUUCAACUGUGUUCAAAGGGCUCACCAGAACACCCUGGAGUCCUAUCCUCCGUUCCUGUUUUUCCUGGCGAUGUCGGGACUCCGUUUUCCGAGAGCUUCAGCUGCAUGCGGUGCUGUGUGGAUCUUGAGUCGUCUCAGCUUUGCACGUGGCUACUACUCAGGAGAUCCAAAGAAGCGUCUGCGGGGAGCGUACGGAUACCCUGCCAUUCUCGGUCUCUUCGGGAUGACAAUUUUCUGCGCUGCACGCCAGCUUGAGUGGGUAUAAGAGACUAAAAUGAAAUAAAAGUGAUCUAUUUUAUAACACCCAUUGUGGGCAAGACCACUUUUGCAAGUUAAUUUUCCAAUUAACUUGCAUCGAAGUAUAUGCUGUCUGUCAAAUUCUUCUUGUUAAGACAGAUGUUGCCUUUUCUCUGAACAAAAAUCCACCAUUUUAAUGACUACCAAUUUAUACCUCAUUUCAGCCAAAUUUGAUUUUGUGCAGAGGAUUUAAGCUCAUGUGAAAUUUAUGGUUAUACGUGUAGAUGUCUUUCAUCCAAAUAGUUUGAAUUGUUUAUUACUGCUUUUGAAUGAAAUAAUGUGCGAAAUAUCAGUUAUGCUUCAUUUUGUGUUUGAGUUUUAUCAUGUUAGCAAGCUCUAGGAAAAGUUGGAUUGGUUUUGAAACUCAUUAGUAUAGAAGUUGCUUUCAAUUGUUUUUAGUACCCCAUUUUGACUUUUUUAAAUCUCAUGCAGAAAUCUUUACGCCUUAGUUUAACCCAUUAUAGGUGCAAUUAGGUAUCAAAAAUCUAGGAAAAGAUAGAAGAAUUCAUACUGUUAAAGAUAGUACAACAGUUAUUUCAAUUUAGAAAUUUUUCAGCAGUAGCUUCUAGAGAAUGUUUUAUUAAACUGUCGCGUUUUGUAUUCCGACAAUCACGUCCUUAAUCCUUUGAAAUUACUAAAUAAGGAAUACGUAUUCAUUAUUUUGUAUAUCUAAAAAAGUUAGUUUCAAAAAGAAUUCAGGCAUAAAUAUUUAAUGAGAGUGUGCUUUAUAUUUCAGGAAAAGAUGUAUAAUUCUCGAAAUAUUUUUAUAUAAUCUACGCCUUGUGUUACAAUGGUAAAUUAAUAAAGUAACAUUUACACAAA